AUGAACGCAUCAUCAGCCAAUGUGACUGUGGUUAUCGAGUAUCGAGACUCCUUCACCAAAGCUGUGACCAAGAAUGUGAUCGUUGUGGUCCUCAGCAUCUCCAUCAACUACAUCAACGCAGGCCUCAUUCAGACCUUUCACAAACACCAGAUCUUCUACAUGAAUCCACGCUACAUCCUGUUUUUCCACCUGGUGGUCAACGACAUGAUCCAAGUGACCCUGACCGUCAUCCUGUUCAUCAUCAGCUACCUCCUCUACAAAAUAAAUGUUUCCGUCUGUUGCGUCUUCAUCCUUCUUGCCCUGUUCACCACUGAAAACACUCCUCUGAACCUGGCCUGCAUGGCGAUGGAGUGCUACAUCGCCAUCUGCAUUCCCCUUCGCCAUGUGCAGAUCUGCACCGUCAAGAGAACAUUAAUGCUGAUUGGUCUGAUCUGGGUGACGAGUGUGUUUUCUGUUCUUCCUGAUCUCUUCAUGACUUUGGCCACACAGCCUCUGGACUUCUUUCGUUCCCGAGUGUUCUGCCUCAGGGAAACGGCCUUUCCAAAUCCCCACAUCAUCAAGAAGAGAGAUGUCACCUACAUUAUCUAUCUGGUUAUUGUUUGGUUUGUUAUCUUUUACACUUACUUCAGAAUUCUCUUCACUGCAAAAGCAGCGAGCAAAGAUGCUAAAAAAGCCAGAAACACAAUCCUCCUCCACGGGUUUCAGGUGCUGCUGUGUAUGUCAACAUAUGCAGAACCGCUGUUAAAACAGGCUCUGCAGCUGUGGUUCCCUAAGAACUUCUCAGACUCUCUGUUCGCUUGUUACAUCAUCAUCCAUAUCCUGCCACGGUCCAUCAGUCCAAUCAUCUACGGAGUACGGGACAAGACUUUCAGGAGGUACCUGAAGAGGUAUCUGUUGUGUAAAGCGAUCUCACAAUGA